GUGUUCUCCGAGCGGACAGUCCGGGCCGAGCAUGGGAGGACAGCCUGGCGGGCCGGCCUUAUAAACUCACUGCGUCCCCCGGCUGCAGCCCGGCCUUCACAGCAGCCAAGAGCGGGGUAUCAUGAUUUCACUGUGCGUUUUAAGUACAGUCAACUCUGAAUCUUUGCAUAUUGUUACGUAAGCUGUAUGGAAGCCAAAUUGCAAUGAUCUAAGUCACUGGAUGCAUGAAAGCCCUGCGUUUUGCAGCCUUUCAGCAUGGCAGGCUUGCAACUCAUGACCCCGGCCUCUUCACCAAUGGGUCCAUUUUUUGGGCUUCCCUGGCAGCAAGAAGCUAUUCAUGACAACAUAUAUACCCCAAGGAAGUAUCAGGUGGAACUGCUCGAAGCAGCUUUGGAUCACAAUACUAUAGUUUGUUUGAAUUCUGGCUCAGGGAAGACAUUCAUUGCAGUACUACUCACAAAAGAACUGUCGUAUCAGGUCCGUGGGAACUUCAACAAGGAGGCCAAGAGGACAGUGUUCCUGGUUAACUCUGCAAAGCAAGUUUCCCAGCAAGUAUCUGCUGUCAGGACCCAUUCUGACCUCAAGGUGGGCGAAUACUCUGACCUAGAUGUAACACAAUGUUGGUCAAAGGACAUAUGGAAUCAGGAGUUUGUCACUCACCAGAUCCUGGUGAUGACCUGCCACAUCUUCCUGCAUGUACUGAAAAAUGGAAACUUAUCAUUAGCCAACAUUAAUUUGUUGGUGUUUGAUGAAUGUCACCUUGCAAUCCAAGAUCACCCAUAUCGCGAAAUAAUGAAGAUCUGUGAGAGUUGCCAGACAUGUCCUCGGAUUCUGGGACUGACCGCUUCAAUACUGAAUGGGAAAUGUGACCCCUGUGACCUGGAGGAUAAAAUCCAGAAGUUGGAGGAAAUAUUACGCAGUAACGCAGAAACCGCAACAGAUCUGGUAGUUUUAGACAGGUAUGCCUCUCAGCCUUGUGAGAUUGUGUUAGAUUGUGGACGGUUUCUGGACAAAAGUGGACUGUAUGAGAACCUUUUAGCUCAGCUGGACGAAGCACUUCAGUUCCUUGAUGAUUGCAGUAUUCCUACAAAUUCAAAAGAGAGAGAUUCCACAUUAAUCUCUAAACAGAUCCUGUUGGACUGUAUGACUGUUCUGCUGGUGCUGGGUCCGUGGUGUGCAGAUAAGGUGGCAGGCAUGAUGGUGAGAGAGCUACAGAAGUUCAUCAAACACGAACAAGAAGAACUGCACAGGGAAUUCCUAUUGUUUACAGACACUAUUUUAAGGAAAAUCCAUGCUCUUUGUGAGGAACACUUCUCUCCCACUUCCCUGGACCUAAACUUUGUUACCCCCAAAGUCCUAAAACUGUUGGAAAUUCUGCGCAAAUACAAACCCUAUGAACGCCAACAGUUUGAGAGCGUUGAGUGGUAUAACAACCGCAACCAGGAUAACUAUGUCUCUUGGAGCGACUCAGAGGAUGAUGACGAUGAAGAAGAUGAAGAGAUUGAGGCAAAAGAGAAAACCGAAACAAGCUUUCCAUCUCCAUUUACUAACAUUUUGUGUGGCAUCAUCUUUGUGGAUAGAAGAUAUACAGCGGUUGUUUUAAACAGGUUGAUUAAAGAAGCCGGGAAGCAGGACCCUGAGCUGGCUUACAUUAGCAGCAACUUCAUAACCGGACACGGCAUUGGGAAGAACCAGCCUCGAAAUAAACAGAUGGAAAUGGAGUUUAGAAAGCAGGAGGAGGUUCUAAGAAAGUUCCGCGCACAUGAAACUAACUUGCUAAUUGCUACCAGCAUUGUAGAAGAGGGAGUGGACAUCCCAAAAUGCAACCUGGUGGUUCGAUUUGACUUGCCUUCAGAGUACAGAUCUUAUGUCCAGUCCAAAGGCAGGGCACGUGCUCCCAUUUCAAAUUACAUUAUGCUAGCAGACAAUGAUAAGAUAAACACGUUUGAGGAAGAUUUGAAAACCUACAAAGCAAUUGAAAAGAUAUUGCGGAAUAAAUGCUCAAAGUCCAAGGAUUGUGGGGAUAUAGAGUCUAUCGAUGAUGAUGAUGAAAUAUUUCCUCCAUAUGUACUGAGGAAAGAUGAUGGGAGCCCUAGAGUUACCAUUAACACAGCUAUCGGACACAUCAACAGGUAUUGUGCCCGGCUACCUAGUGACCCGUUCACUCAUCUUGCUCCAAAAUGUAAAACACAGGGAUUACCUGAUGGACUUUACCGUUCAACCCUCUACCUACCAAUCAACUCUCCUCUUCGCGCCCCCAUUGUUGGUCCUCCUAUGGUCAGUACCCGGUUGUCAGAGAGAGCAGUAGCCCUUAUUUGCUGUAAGAAACUGCACCAGAUUGGUGAAUUGGAUGAUCAUUUGAUGCCAGUCGGUAAAGAAACCGUUAAAUACGAGGAGGAGCUUGAUUUACACGAUGAGGAAGAGACUAGUGUCCCAGGCAGACCAGGCUCCACUAAGAGAAGGCAGUGCUACCCAAAAGCUAUACCAGAAUGUUUACAGAACAGCUACCCUAAACCUGGCCAGCCUUGUUACUUGUACGUCAUCGGAAUGGUGUUAACCACACCGCUACCAGAUGAAUUAAAUUUUAGGAGGAGGAAGCUGUACCCUCCAGAGGACACAACAAGAUGCUUUGGAAUACUGACAGCCAAACCCAUACCUCAGAUUCCUCACUUUCCUGUCUACACUCGAUCUGGGGAGGUGACUAUAUCGAUUGAGCUAAAAAAGUCUGGAUUUACCUUGACAUUACAGCAGCUUGAGCUGAUCACCAGACUUCACCAGUACAUCUUCUCACAUAUUCUUCGUUUGGAGAAACCUGCACUAGAAUUUAAACCAACAGCAGCUGAUUCUGCUUAUUGUGUUCUACCUCUCAAUGUUGUAAAUGACUCUGGCAGUUUGGAUAUUGACUUUACGUUUGUGGAAGAUAUUGAGAAAUCAGAGGCACGAACUGGCAUCCCAAGCACACAGUAUUCAGCUGAAAAUCCUUUUAUUUUCAGACUGGAAGACUACCAAGAUGCUGUGAUCAUUCCAAGAUACCGUAACUUUGACCAGCCCCACAGAUUUUAUGUAGCGGAUGUAUACACUGAUCUUACUCCACUUAGUAAAUUUCCUUCUCCAGAAUAUGAAACGUUUGCGGAGUAUUACAAAACUAAAUAUAACCUCGACUUGACAAACCUCAACCAGCCUCUUCUGGACGUUGACCACACAUCUUCAAGACUUAAUCUUCUGACCCCGCGUCACUUGAACCAGAAGGGGAAGGCUCUUCCUCUAAGCAGUGCUGAGAAGAGAAAAGCAAAGUGGGAAAGUUUGCAGAAUAAACAGAUCCUGGUCCCUGAGCUCUGUGCUAUCCAUCCCAUCCCAGCAUCUCUGUGGAGGAAGGCGGUCUGUCUGCCCAGUAUACUGUAUCGGUUACACUGCUUGCUGAUUGCAGAGGAACUACGAGCACAGACGGCCAUUGAUGCAGGAGUUGGAGUGAAAUCUCUCCCGGAGGAUUUCAGAUACCCUAACUUGGAUUUUGGAUGGAAAAGGUCCAUUGACAACAAAUCCUUCAACUCUUGUAAUAGCUUCUGCUCUGAAAAUGCCAGUGACAGUAGUCUAUGCAUGGCCAUGGUCUGUGACAGCCCUGAAAGUCAAACUGCUAAGCUUGAGACUGCCACAGAAAUGAUUGACGAAAUGCAUUUGAACAGCAUACUGCCGUGCAAAAAUGAACCCAGUCAUCCCCACGUUGAUCAGGUCUCUGACUAUGCCAACAUGUGUAAUGGUGUUUCUUGCAAUGGUCUUACCAAUGGGAAUUGUGAUGCAGAAAGUAGUGAGUUUUGCCAGAGCGGACGGCAAAAUUGUUGCGAACCAGAAACUGCAGUGCAAUCAUCUACCUCAUGUCCUGAUCAGAAUAUACCUAAUAAUAACCAACCCAUGCCCAGCAAUGAAUGUACUCUGAGUGAAACAUGCAUUGACACCAAUACUACCAAACCUACCUCAGAUGAGUCCUCUGCCCUGUCCAACAACAUGUGUCCUUCAGAAUGCUGUAUAAACAUGGAAGAAAACAAGUUAGCAAAUGGACCACUUAACGGAUAUUCUCCAAAAACUCUUGGCCCAAACCCUGGUCUUAUACUCCAAGCCUUGACCUUGUCAAAUGCCAGUGAUGGCUUUAACCUGGAGCGUCUUGAAAUGCUUGGAGAUUCAUUUCUGAAACACGCAAUCACCACCUACCUGUUCUGUACUUAUCCAGAUGCUCACGAGGGACGGCUGUCUUAUAUGAGAAGCAAGAAGGUCAGUAACUGUAAUCUUUAUCGCCUUGGAAAAAAGAGAGGCUCGCCCAGUCGUAUGGUUGUGUCCAUAUUUGAUCCGCCUGUAAACUGGCUCCCUCCUGGGUAUAUUGUAAACCAGGAUAAGAGCACCUCAGAUAAAUGGGAAAGUAAUGAAAAUACUAUUGAAAGUGUCACAGCCAACGGAAAACUGUAUGAAGACUUUGAUGAUGAAGAAGAUGAAGACUUGAUUUGGAGAAACCCAAAGGAAGAAACAGACUUUGAUGACGAUUUUCUGGAAUAUGAUCAGGAACAUAUAAAAUUUAUUGACAGUAUGCUUAUGGGAUCUGGGGCAUUCGUGAAGAAAAUCCCUCUAUCUCCAUUUCCACCACCCGACUCAAAUUACGAAUGGAGAGCACCAAAGAAAAGCUCACCGGAAACUGGUCCAUUCCCACCCGACUUUGAUGACUUUGAUUACAGUUCCUGGGACGCAAUGUGUUACCUGGAUCCCAGCAAGGCAGGAGAAGAAGACGAUUUUGUAGUAGGCUUUUGGAACCCUUCAGAAGAAAACUGUGGCGCUGAUGCUGGGAAGCAGUCUAUUUCUUAUGACUUGCAUACAGAACAGUGUAUUGCAGACAAAAGCAUUGCGGACUGUGUAGAAGCAUUGCUAGGCUGCUAUCUGACUAGCUGCGGUGAAAGAGCCGCCCAGCUCUUCCUUUGCUCUCUGGGCCUAAAAGUACUCCCAGCAGCCACAGAGGCUACUAAAGGAUUGCUUUCAAUCCAAGACAGUGGGACCAAUAGCAGUGACACAGACUCGGAACAUUUGUUCUGCAAGGGGAUAGACUACGGUUAUUUGAAGAUUCCACCAAAAUGCAUGUUUGAUCAUCCAGAUGCAGAGAAAACCUUGGACCAUUUGAUAUCUGGCUUUGAGAACUUUGAGAAGAAAAUUUGCUACCAGUUUAAAAACAAGGCCUAUCUUCUGCAGGCCUUCACUCAUGCAUCCUACCACUACAAUACAAUAACUGAUUGCUACCAGCGUUUAGAAUUCCUUGGAGAUGCAAUUUUGGACUACCUCAUAACUAAGCACCUUUACGAAGACCCCCGCCAGCACUCCCCAGGGGUUCUCACUGACCUGCGCUCUGCCCUGGUCAAUAACACCAUAUUUGCAUCAUUAGCUGUGAAAUAUGAUUACCACAAAUACUUCAAGGCUAUCUCUCCAGAGCUGUUCCACAUCAUCGAUGACUUUGUGCAGUUCCAGCUGGAAAAGGAUGAGAUGCAAGGGAUGGACUCUGAGUUAAGAAGAUCAGAAGAGGAUGAAGAGAAAGAGGAGGACAUAGAAGUCCCGAAAGCGAUGGGUGACAUAUUUGAGUCGCUGGCCGGAGCAAUAUAUAUGGACAGCGGCAUGUCAUUGGAGACGGUCUGGCAGGUGUAUUAUCCAAUGAUGAGGUCACUUAUAGAAAAAUUCUCUGCUAAUGUUCCUCGAUCUCCAGUGCGGGAAUUACUGGAAAUGGAGCCAGAGACUGCUAAAUUCAGCCCAGCGGAGAGGACAUAUGAUGGGAAGGUUCGAGUGACUGUGGAAGUCGUAGGAAAAGGCAAAUUCAAAGGGGUUGGAAGGAGUUACAGAAUUGCCAAAUCUGCAGCAGCCAGAAGAGCCCUUCGAACCCUCAAAGCAAACCAACCUCAGGUCUCAAACAGUUGAGAACUGGCCUCCUCGGUCACUGCCGGAACAACCUUCAAUGCAAUGCUGAGCACUCAUCCCUUCAGCUAUACAGAGGUUAAAAGUAUACAUAUGACGUCUAUAAAGCAAUUGUGUUGAGAGGAACAAAUUAAAAGCAGAAUGACAGUGUUUCGGUAUGGAGCAGAAAACCGAAAGCAUGUGCAUUUGGGAAGCCAACUGUAGCUUAAUCCUCCCCAGUGCUCGGUGACGGGAAGAGACGUUUAUAGUGUUUUGCGCAAACACAAUCCUUUUCCUUGUUCCUCACUUCUGCUUUGUUUAAUCGGAAGAGUGCUUUAUCUGUGAUAUCUGGCAGUGUCUUGUCUGUCUUAUUCAUAUUUUUUUUUUUUCUUCUUCUAAGUAGGACUUUGCUAAAUGUUGGGGUAUGGAAUUGAAAAGUAGGGUCAAUGGGAUAUGUCUAAAAGUGCAUCUAUGUGAGUGAAGAUCUAUAUAUACUUUUCAUGUAUACUAAUUUUUUUUUUAAUCCACUGCAAACAUUUUAUAAGCUGUGUUAGCUAACGGAGUGUGUGAUUAUUAUUUUUCAGUUAAAUCACCACUGAAUGUCACUCAUAUCAACUUGACUUACACAGUUAAAUUUUGCAUUGCCCUUACAGGAUGGCAUUUUGUUUCUGGGAAGAGGUGGUGAUAGUUGCAAUCCCACUGUCAAAUAAAAAAAAGAAUCUAGCCUGUUUAUUGGAUGUUACACGUACUGCAAUAUAGAAUUCUACUGCCUUUGUAUAGAUUAAGAUGCCUCUCCUUUUGUUUUACACUGUCUCCUUACUAGUGAGUGCAGUAGUUCUCCACAAACUCGAAGGUUGUGUUUUUUUCCUGUAAUUCAGACUUUUAGAUCUGUUGACCCUUCGAAUUGCUUCAAUUUUGCGUUUGUGGAGGAAAUUCCUGUCGCAGUAUGGCUGUUGACACGCGUUAACACAUUGUAAUGCCAAAAGGCUUUGUGCAGUCGCUCUGGCACUUUAAAAAGGUUAAUUGGUUUCCUAAUCAAUAGUAGAUUUACUAAGUGGUAUUUGUUCUUCCAGAUGGGCUGUAAUUAGAAGUUGGGGUCUAGUAAGCAACAAAUAGAACAUUUUAUAUUGUCACCUCUUAAUCACUUUCAGCUCAGACUGUUUAAAUGUAGAUUGGGCUUGUCUGUUACCCUGAGUAGGGCAGGGCAAAAAUGUACUUCAGUGCAUUUGAAAUGUAUCUGUAGUCUUGUCAAUUAACAAAGACUUGGGUGGGUUUUUUAUUUUAUUUUAUUUUUUGGAUGGUGGUGGUAUGGGUUGUUGGAAUAAGGGCUCUGCCUAACUUUCUACAUUAAUAUAUUGUAGGCAAUCUUCACUUGAAUACCUCAUUUACCCUUGUUUUUUUCAUUCUGCGUGCUUUGUCUGUGUUUGGUGCUAUGUUUAAGUAUUAUGCUUGAAAUGUGUAAUUUUUUUUCCAUUUGCACUGUAACGGUAUUACCUCCUAAUUUACAAAUUUCUUUAUUAAAAAAAAAAAAAAAAUGUGGGCUAAUUUCACUCACAAUUCUCUUAUCAGAGGUUUGCUGCAGCUUUCCCUUUGGUCUUUGAAGCGUUAUGCUUAGCUUAUCUGUGCAAACUAGGUGUGCAUUUCAGUAAGCACUAUGUAAAUGGUGACUGUGUUAAACAGUCUAAAAUUAAAAAAGCCCAACAAAGGCUCCUGCUGUGCAUUUCAUUGUAGUCAUUUGAUGGCAAUAAUCCUUUCUGGCUUUGUGCACAUAUCAUGUGGGAGUGGUCCAGCACUGAAAAGGUUAAUAAAGGAUUUCUUUUAAAAGGAGUUUUUUAGGCUGUUUAAUUUUUUUUUUUUUUUUUUUUAUAUGCAUGUCAUUCUAAUUGAGUAGGGUGUCUGUGAGAUGUAAGGCAACAGCAAGAAGGAACCCAAGCUUCCCGAUACUGAUUUGUGAUGUACAAGUAAUAAUCUUUCACUGUAGUGCAGUGAAAGACUGUCAUCCCACAGACCGCAUUUGUUGAAUGACUGAGCACUUGUAAAUGCGGUCACCACACACCCUGCAGACAAGGAGAGGCAAUCCGUAUAAAAACAGACAUAUAUACAUCCUUCGAUACAUGCUGUUUUACAUAGGUGUUGUGGCAACGUAAUGUUAAAGUACACCCUGAAUGGUUUUCAUUCAGAUACCAACUGAGAUUCCUAGAUUUGGCAAACUAAAGGCUGGAGAUGACCACCGCUGGAUACAUUAUAUAGAUGUAUUAAAACAAUUAUGUAUUUAACCUUUACAUUCCCAGAAAUGUAAGUGUGUCUUCUCUAGCCUAGUAAGUGGCUUAAACCCCUAGCUUCUCCCUAACACUUCUGGAGAGGGUUGAUUAAAUUGCAGGGACCCUUACUGCACCCAUAACCUAUGCAAGGAGCAUAAUUUGUUAUGGUGCGUUGAGUGUCCCUUACCUAUGUCAGUACUGAACCACUCCCAGUAAGAUUGCUUAGAAGGAAUAUUGGUUUCUACGGUAACUCACAGAGCAGUAUAGCAUCCCUCAUCAUUUGCAUAUAUUUGCUGGGGUUACUGAUGAGCUGCUCUGUAUGUGACUGUGUCGCCACAAAGCUAUAAAUUCAGGCUGAAAGGUGAGAAUGCUGCCUUGUACAUUGCGCACCCGUAUCGUUCUUAUUUAAAAAAAAAA